AUGAAGCCUGAGUCGAAGAAGAAUCGUGGGAAAGCUGGAGCAUCAUCUGUUGUUGAUACGCAGAACAAUGGAGUGGAGUCAUGCUACGACCUCUCAAAUCUGUCCAACGCCCUUGCCGUGAUCGCGCCGCCUGCUAUAGUAAAUCCUACUGAAUCCUCAACCAUCUCGGCAACGAGGAAGGAUGGGGGAUCGUCGUCAUCGGCUUAUGAUUUUGGGGAUUUCUCAAUGGAGUUGUCCGCCAUCGAGCACAAGGAGAAGAAGAUAGCUGCAUUGAGGGCCAGGUCCCACAGGAAAAGGGAAUAUCUCAGAAUGAGGCAUGUUUUUCUCGAUGACAUUCUGUGUCCAUCAACUCCCGUUCCCCGGGCUAUGUCUGCCGCAGAUGAUGCCGCUAUAAGACCGUCACGGCGCCUGAUACACCACCCACUGGUGGAUUUUCCUGUGGUCGCGAAUUGGACAAGGGCCCUCCAUGAAGGGUUCUCAAAACUAAGUGUAGAGCAGCCUGUUGUUGAGGAAGUGGCAGAGGAUGGGUCUCGGGUGUUGAAUCCUACUACUGCAAGGCCAACCCCACAGCUGGAGGAGAGGUCUUUCCCUAUAAUGUACAGGUUGAGUCGCAUUGUGUCGCUUGGUAGGAGGCGGCGGCACUGUAGGAACUGCUAUAGCAUUGAGUUAUGUAGCCGCCCACCUCAGUGGAACCUCUCUGCUACUUGGGAAGUGAACCUCAACAAGGGUAAGAUGGGGCAAUCCUUCCCUGUCUCUUAUCUAAUCGCUGCAAAUGUGAUCUCGGCAGACAGGGCCAAAUCUACAUCUAGGUGGCCGAAGAUCUUUGCUCUUAAGCUUCAAGAAGAGGAUUCUUCGCAGGUGUUCCGUCGUGCAGCUUUUGAGACCGAGAGGAGAGAACAGGUGGAUUGCAUUUCUCAGGAACUGCAAGAUACCAAAGUUGUUAUAUGA